GGGCGUGCAGCCUACGCCAAUGGAAAAGGAGCAAAGCUGCACGAUCAUUCGACUAUACAAAUUCCAAAAUGGAUUAUCCCAUACUGCAGCAAUGCGCAACGCCGCGCCUACAAAUAGCCGGGAGAGGUGCUCGGACUCUGUCGCAGCUGCUGUUUUAGCAUCUGGAGCACGAGCGCGCCACUAGGCAUCGGCGCCGAUCGAACCAUCGAGGUCGGCAGGCGAUGGACGGGCAGGGCAACGCGGGCGGCAACGGGGGAGGUGGCAGCGACUGCGACGCGGUGGCGAGGGCCUUCGUGGAGUACUACUACCACACGUUCGACACCAACCGCGCCGCGCUCGCCGCGCUCUACGGCCCCACCUCCAUGCUCUCCUUCGAGGGCCACGGCGUCGCCGGCGCCGAGGAGAUCGGCCGGAAGCUGGCCCAGCUCCCCUUCGAGCAAUGCCGGCACUCCAUCUGCACCGUCGACUGCCAGCCCUCGCCGUCCUUCCCGGGAAGCAUCCUCGUCUUCGUCAGCGGCAACCUUCAGCUCUCCGGCGAGGAGCACCAGCUCAGGUUCAGCCAGAUGUUUCAGCUGGUGCCCAAUGAGCAGGGGAGCUUCUUCGUGCAGAACGACAUAUUCCGGCUCAACUACGGAUGACACGGUAGCGUGUGGCUGCCGAAAGGAAGUGGAUGCCCAUCGGAUGCUUUGCGCCCACAUGGACGCCUGGCGCUUGCUUUCUCUGUUUUCCUUUCGCUUUCAUUCUUCUCCGACGUUCGUAAUGGAUCUAGCACCCUGCAUUUCUUUUUCAAAAGAAAAAAAAGUUGUAGCAUCCUGAAUAAAAUUUCCGAAAUGGCUGUGAUGUUCGUCAAAUUCAAUCCCCACCAAGAUCGUAUUACUAGCGACCUGUCGCGUUGAAGUUCCAUGUACCAGUAUCACCGUCAUCCAUAACUUUUCUUUUUGAGAGGUGUCA